AUGCAAAUCGUCGACAAGUAUCGUGUCGUGUCGGAAUCUGGAAGUUUGUGCGAGCGGGGCGCUCGGCAGUCGGCGGCAACAUCUGGAGGGCGCGGGGCGCUCGCGUCGGAGGGGCGCGCGCGGGGGCCUCGGGCUCCGGGCGCGACGCGCGCCAGUCCCCGAGACACCGGCCGCGCGAACGGCCACCGCGACCCGCCACCACUGCGCAACUAUCCGCGACCCGCUCCUCGCUCCGCCCGCCACCAGCGGCGCUCGCACCCCGAUUUGCACACAUGUGAGUCCUCACACGUCACAUCACCGACACACGUGCGCCGCGCCCGCUCCCGCCUCCGCCUGUGCGAACACUCCGCCGCGCCCUUAUCGCGCGCCGCCGGCCGGCACGGCAUCGCAAACAACCUCUGCUUGUGGUGUAUUUCUGAAUUUAUAAAAGUUUGUGAUUGGUGUUUGCUUGUCGUAUGA